AUGUCUGUCAAAAUUGCUACUAGAGUUCGACCAUUCAAUAAAUUUGAAAUUUAAUAAAACCUACCAUUGUGUAUUGCUAUGGAUGGAAAUAGAACUAUCCUAUUUGGUAGAUAUUGUCAUCAAUUAAGAUAACAAUUAAUAAAAAGAAUUUGAAUUUGAUUAUUCUUUCUGGUCUCAUGAUAAAUUUGAAAUUGAUGAGAAAGGUUAUCAUAAGCCUCUUCCAAACUCAAGAUAUCUUGAUUAAAAAAUGAUAUUUAAUACUAUUAGUUAAGAUCCAUUAAAUCAGCCUUUUUAAGGGUAGAAUUGUUGCAUUUUAGCUUUUGGAUAAUAAGGAGUAUGUAUUAAUUGCAUAUUUUAAGUCUGGUAAAUCUUAUACGUUAUUGGGAACUAAUGACAAUUAAGGAUUGAUUUAUAAUUUUGUAAAAGAAGUUAUCAAUUAAAUAUCUCAAAAUUAGAUAAUUAAAACAAGUAAUUUACUAACUUAUUAUAAUAUACUAGAGUAUGAAGUUUACAUUAGUAUGCUAUUUAUCUAUAAUGAAAGUGUUUAUGAUUAACUUUCUUAAACAGAUUUUAAAAAACUAAAAGUAAGAGAAAAUGCACUCAAAGGUGUUUAGGUUGAAAAUUUAAUUAAAGAAUAAGUUGAUUCAAUAGAAAAUUUUGAAUUAAAUAUGAAAAAAGGAGUGAAUUGCAUUUAAAAAUUUUAAACAAUGUUGAGUAUUCGGUAAUAAUAUUAUUUUGAUUAUUGUUAGGUUAUCAUUACUACAUUAAAUUUUUCAAAUAGAGAUAAAAGAAACUAAAAUUGUAGAUGAUUAAUUUAUAGAGAAAUUUAAUAAGGUAAAUUUAGUAGAUCUUGCCUGGUGUGAAAAAUUUUAUUAAAUUAAUAAUUCUAGUGAAUAUUAAUCCACAAGUUAUUUAAUUAUAUAUAAAAUAGAAUCCUAAAUUGCCAAAUCGUUAUCAACAUUGGGAGAAAUUAUUUGUAAAUUAAUAAUAUAAUCACAGUAAUAAGAUAAAAAGAUUUUUACACCAUAUAGAAACUCUUAAUUAACUAGAAUUUUGCAAGAGACAUUAAAGUAAAAAUCAAAAAUAAUUCUAAUUAUAACAAUUAGUCCAGCGUUAAAUAAUUUUGAACAAACUUUAUGUAACCUCAGGUUUGCUAAUCAAUUUAUGAAAGUUAAAAAUAAUAUUAUCUGUAAUACUAAUUUAACUGAGAACAAUUAAUUUCAAGAUUUAAAAUAAGAAUCUAUCCUAAUUUAAAAAUUAAAUUUAAAAGUUUAAACCAACUAAUAGUAAAUAGAGAGUACAUAAGAUUAUGGGCUGCAUUCAAAUAUAUUGUUUAAUGAAAAAUUUUAUAAAUCAAAGGAGAUUUAGAAUACUAAUGAUAUUUAGGAUUAAGAAAUUUUAUAACACAAAGAUGAGAUUAUUGGAUUGAAACUAUUUCCUUUAAAAGAAUCUUGUGACUAGAUAUAUAUAAAUAACCAACAAAUCAAUAAUAAAUAAAAAUAUCUCAUAAUGAUAGGAUCGCUUCUCCAAAGCCAACAACUUCGUUAGUAUAAUAUUUUGGAAUACAAAAUAUAAAACAGGAUUAAAAUACCGCUUUUAAAUAAAAUGAUAUAAGAGAAAUUUGUGAAAAUAAUCAAAUCAGUGAAGUAGUAAAUAAUAAUUAGGAGUUUGAAUAAAAGAUGA